GUACGUUGUUCUAUUGCCAAGCAUUUUGCUCUCGCGAACAAUGGCAAGACGAAGUUCCGAACCAAGAGUAUAUCGCGAACACUCCUUUGUUGCCAGACCAUCAAAUUGUCGCAGGACAAGUCGCUCGAAACUGGGUGCUUUGAGGUCGCAUACGCGACGUGCCGGAUGCGCCAUUGGGCACCUUGCUGCCAACCUUCGCUUUCUUCCUUCGUACCGACGGGAUCGAAUACCACGGCGGCCCAUGCGAGCAUUUUACAUCGAAUAACGGUCGUUCUCUAACAAUUCAGACUCCUUUGAAUAAAAUUAGAGUCACCAAAGCGCAACUGCCUGGCAUAUCUUGCCACAGUUGCUUUUCAGCUCCAUUACUUAGCCUCCAGUGGCCGCCAGCGGCUCCUCGACCGUCCAUGUGGUCUACGGCUUAUACACAGUGUAUCCUUGCGUUGUCAUUACCGGGAGUUCGGAAUCCGUGUCUGUCACCGUUGCUGUGGGGGGACGCCGUCGUAGCCAGGUUUCGUUCAUCGGCAAUAUUAGACGAAAAGUUCACCCUCACCCAAACUCUCGCUACGACCACCAACAUCACAACUCUUCAUUCGCGACGUUGGUCUUGACCGGCAGCUCACCAAGAUGGCCGGUGGUGACAUAGAAAAAAAGGAGGAGCAGAUCGAGUCUGACGUGAGGGAUCUUAAGCUCGAGGGCGGUACAUCAUCCGGUGACGAGCGUACUGCGAGCGUGGUCAAGAUAGAACGAACGUCCACUCCCCUUACAUCGAAACCUAGCCUCUCGCCUUUGAAGCGCUCUCAAUCUCGCACGCAAUCGCCCUUCAAAGCUGAAAAUGAAACUCAGAUAACAACCGGAAGGACGGAGUCAAUCGUGGGUGGAGACAUUACGGUGAAGAUGGAACCUGGCAAGGCGCCUAAAUUGACACGAAGUUCCUCGCAGAAAAUUAUAUCGCGGCCACCGCCGCUGUUUAACGAUGAGCCUGACAUGUACGACGAAGCGACAUCCUCGUUCGAAGUCAUAGAAGAUUGCAUAUACGCGGCAAAGUGGCUCGGAACAACCGAGCACGCCAUGGACUGUGAUUGCAGGGAGAACUACGUGGAUGGCGUUAAUCAUGCGUGCGAUGAGGAUUCUGAUUGCAUCAACCGUCUGACCAAAAUAGAGUGUACUGGUCAAGGUAGUUGUGGCCAAAAUUGCCAGAAUCGCAGAUUCCAUGACAAAAAGUACGCAGACGUGACUGUGUUCAAAACAGAGAAAAAAGGUUACGGGCUACGGACGAAUACCGAACUGCACAAUGGCGACUUUAUCUUCGAGUAUGUUGGCGAAGUCAUUGACGAGGCUCGAUUUCGCCGCCGGAUGCGGCAAUACGACGAGGAAGGCAUAAAGCAUUUUUAUUUUAUGUCGCUUAAUAAGGGCGAGUUCGUUGAUGCCACAAAGAAAGGCAACCUCGGACGCUUCUGUAACCAUUCUUGCAAUCCCAACUGUUACGUUGAUAAAUGGGUGGUCGGUGAUAAACUCUGUAUGGGCAUAUUUGCCGGGCGCACAAUCAAGGUUGGGGAAGAGCUCGUGUUCAACUAUAAUGUUGAUCGGUACGGUGCGGACCCACAGCCUUGCUAUUGUGGUGAACCUAAUUGCACUGGAUUCAUAGGAGGCAAGACCCAAACUGAGCGAGCUACGAAGCUGUCAGAUGCUACCAUCGAAGCUCUUGGAAUCGAGGACGGCGAAUCCUGGGAUACUGCUGUCGCCAAGAAGCCACGGAGACCAAGGAAGACUGGUGAGGACGACGAAGAAUAUGUUAACAAGCUCCAACCAAAGAUGCUAGAAGAAGAUGGCGUCACCAAUCUCAUGGCAACACUGAUGCAAUGCAAAGAGAAGUGGAUCGCUGUCAAACUUCUAAAUCGGUUGCUCAAGGUUGAAGAAGAGAAGGUUAUCCUGCGCGUAGUGCGCAUGCAUGGAUAUCGAACACUCAAAAUCGUACUCAAUGAGUUCAUGGAAGAUUCAAAUGUCUGCCUACAGGUCUUGGGGGUGCUGCACAAAUUUCCUCGACUGAGCAGGAACAAAAUAGAAAGUUCUGGCAUAGAAGAGACUGUUAGUAGGCUGAAGAGCAAUGAGGAUAUGCGCGUUGUCGAGCAGGCGACAGAGAUGCUGGAACUUUGGGGGCAAUUAAAAAUGGAAUAUCGCAUACCCCGUAAAGAGCGUGAUCCCAACGCUCCGGUUGAGAUCGUUCGAGAGGAGCGUAAUGAGAGACGGGUGCGAUCACGAAGUCGAUCACGAUCGAAAUCGCCACUUGUCGCGCCAGCAGGUCCAAGAAACAGCAUGCCACAGCGUGCCCCUGGCUAUUUUGGAGCAUCACGGCCAGCCUUUCGUCGACCUCCGCCACAAGCAUUGCCGCAGGGCUGGCAUGAGGCCAGAGAUGAGACAGGUAGAACGUACUACUACACUGGAAGCCAUGUUCAAUGGGAACGUCCUCUGAACGCAGCAAUACCUGCCCCACCUCCCAAACCUUUGACCAAUGAAGAGCGGUUGCAGCAAAUCAUCAAUGACUGCAUAAAAGGUACAAACACGCCUAAGGAGGAUACAUCAGCUACUGUUACCCCUGUGGCUGUUGAAACACCGAAAAGGAAGGAAGAGAAGUGGCGAUCGCUUCCGUUAGAGAAACAAAAGAAGAUUUACAAGACUACUGUUCUCAACCACAUCAGGUCGACGAUAGACAAGUUCAAGCCAAAAUUGCCUCGAGAUGAGAUCAAGAGGCUGGCAGACGAGAUCCUCAAGAAGCUUGUCGAAUCGGAUUACAAGAACAAGCGAGUCACGGACCCGAAUAAAAUGGAUAGAAAGUACGCACAUGCAGCAAAGAAACAUGUAGCAGAGUUUAUGAACAAGGCUGUGAAGCGGAAUGUUGAAAAGAAGAAGAGGGAACGGGCAGAGCAGAAAGCAGCAGAAGCCAAGAGGAAUGGUUCCAGUACCAAUGAAAGGUCGACGACUCCGCCUAUUGCAGAUUUAAAGGUGGAAGAAGAGGAAGAAGUGCAAGUUUCCGAUGAUGAGAUGCUCGAUGUGGAGGAAGAGCAAAGCCUAGCCAAAAGGAAACGUGAUAGCGAGACACCCGCGACGCCAGCAGAGUCGGAAAGCAGUGUGUCGAAGAAGAUCAAGGUCGAGGCACCCCCUCCACCCCCUCCACCUCCACCGACUCAGAUGGCUGUUGAUGAAGGCAGUGCAACACCUCGAAGUGAAAUUCCACAGCAGGAGCCAAGUCCGGUGGAGACAAACGGCAGUGACCAGAAUUUCUCGACGAAGAGCAGUAUGGUCAAUGGCCACCGAAGCCCGGCGCCAUUGGAAACAGCAUCGUAGCAUUGUUCGGUUGUGCCUCCUGGUGGCCGUUGGUUUUAUGGUCGCUUCAAUGGACUGAUCCGCUUUUAUACCAGGGCCGCAAUUGUUAUUUUCUUGGGCGCGCACACCAUGGGCGCACACACAUACAGACACGCGCGAUGCAUAAAUGGCGGCUUCAUUGUAUGUAAUUAUUUAAUUUUGCAUCCAGGUUAUAUCCAGCCUACAUGGCAUUCUACACGAAGGGACCCCUUAGGGGCGUUGCAAUUUAUAAUUUUGUAUAC